AGCUGCAUUUAAAGCGCUCAGUGAAGUGAGGAAGCGGUCAGUCAGUCAGACGUUCACUGCAUCAACACAACUGUCUGUUUGCUCAGGAGGCGCUGUAUUUGUCAGAGAGAAGCGUUUAGGGAGACGAGAGGACAUUUAGGAUAUAACGAUGGAAAACUCGACUGUCAACAACCGCUUCAGGACUGUGCUCUUCAGCCACGAGGAUGAGAUGGCAGAGUGUACAGUAGCCCCAGUGGUCAUGGAGGACAGUGACCGUGAAGACGACUCGGCGUCAGAUGAGCAGGACUCGAUGCCAGCGUCGCCUGAGCCCAGGGUGCAUGAAGUGGAAAAGCACUUCCCUAAGGAAGACUCGGAGGACUCGGAGCUGGAGCACAUCAUGGGACAUCACCCGGUCACCCAUCACGGGUAUCAUAAGGCCGAUAGUGAGGGUGAGGGUCACAGCAGACCCCACACCCCGGGAACACCCACCUUCCUGAGGCCCGCGGCGGCCCCCAGGGGCCCAGGAGAGUUAGAGCACGAGUCCAGAUACGGGGCUCCGCGGGGUCAUGUGGACUUUAGCCUGCCGUCUCCCAUCAGCCCGUCCAGGCCUAAAAGCCCCUGGGGUCGCUUCGACCCAUAUGAAUCAACUGAGGAUCAGGACAAGGAGUAUGUGGGAUUUGCGACUUUGCCAAACCAGGUUCACCGCAAAUCUGUGAAGAAGGGCUUUGACUUCACUUUAAUGGUGGCAGGAGAGUCAGGUUUGGGGAAGUCCACCCUGGUCAACAGUCUGUUCCUGACAGAUCUCUAUAAAGACAGGAAGCUGCUGAACGCAGAAGAGAGGAUCACGCAGACGGUGGAGAUCACCAAACACACGGUGGACAUCGAGGAGAAGGGCGUCAAGCUGAAGCUCACUAUCGUGGACACACCAGGAUUCGGGGACGCUGUCAAUAACACUGAAUGCUGGAAGUCGGUGGCAGACUACAUCGACCAGCAGUUUGAGCAGUACUUCAGAGACGAGAGCGGCCUGAACCGCAAGAACAUCCAGGAUAACCGCGUGCACUGCUGCCUGUACUUCAUCUCUCCCUUCGGUCACGGGUUAAGGCCUCUGGAUGUGGAGUUCAUGAAGGCUCUUCAUGAGAAGGUCAACAUUGUUCCUGUACUAGCUAAAGCUGACACACUGACCCCAACAGAGGUCAAGAGAAAGAAAAUCAAGAUCCGGGAGGAGAUCGAACAGUACGGGAUAAAGAUCUACCAGUUUCCAGACUGUGAUUCAGACGAGGAUGAGGACUUCAAACAGCAAGACCAAGAGCUCAAGGACAGCAUUCCCUUCGCUGUGAUCGGCAGUAACACAGUCGUGGAAGCCAAGGGCAAGAGGGUUCGAGGACGUCUGUACCCCUGGGGAAUAGUGGAAGUGGAGAACCCAGCGCACUGUGACUUCGUGAAGCUGAGGAACAUGUUGGUCCGGACACACAUGCAGGAUCUGAAGGACGUGACCCGGGAAACACACUACGAGAACUACAGAGCACACUGCAUCCAGAGCAUGACCCGCAUGGUGGUGAAGGAGCGCAACCGCAACAAACUGACCAGGGAGAGCGGCACAGACUUCCCCAUUCCCAUGGUGCCCGGCGCCACCGACACCGAGACGGAGAAGCUGAUCCGUGAGAAAGACGAGGAGCUGAGGCGGAUGCAGGAGAUGCUGCAGAAGAUCCAGGAGCAGAUGCACACACAGAGAGAGGCGUAUUAACCUGCUUACUUCACUCGAACAUCUGAGAAACACCGCGGUAUCACCUGAGUGAGUGAGCCGGCCGUCAGAAGACAUCCACUCAGACAUGUCUGGGUCACAUUUCACCCCGAAAUAUCAUCAUAACCCCGUCCCAAGACAAAACAUGAACUGUUUCUGCAUUGUGACAUUACUUUAUAAUGAAUAACCAAAUCCCAAAUUAGAAGGAAAUAUCAAAUAAAUAAAUACUGAAACUCACUGCAGUGCAUACAGACAUUACAUAUACAUGAUUUAAUUUUGUAUUUAUUUAUUUAUUUUUGAUCAUUGUAAUUGUUAUUAUUGUUAAUCAUGAUUCUCUUACUGUAACAUGGGGUUACGGUGUGUUACAAUGUUUCAAAUAUAUGUAUUGUGUUUAACAAUAUAUAUUACUCUUUAUAUCUAGAGAGAGAGAGAGUUUUGGGUUGAAAUAUAACCCAGGCAUGUUGAUCAGAAUCAAAGGAACAUUGUCAAUGCACUAAACAUUCGUUCUAGUGGAAACUGAUGACUGAGAGGUUCCUUGAGGAGCUCAGAAAGGUUAUUCAGUGCACGGUUUGGAAGCUUGACUCUGUUCUGUCUGUUGUUCUGUUAAUGAAAUGUUUGGAUGUCCUUGUGUAAAUCUGAAGCUGACUCUCGUUGUGUGAAGGCCCUUGGACCGCUCUGCUCGUUGUCCAGCAUGUUUCUACCCCAGGACUGUUUUAGAAUUGCUUGAUAUCAUAGGAUAGAUUCAAUGGAUUUAUUUAAGUUUUUUUAACUAUGUGUAACUUUAUUUUGUACGUUUAUUAAUUGCAUUGGCUGUAAUGUAUGUCUUUGGUUUUGUUUGUGUUUCUAUACAAAACUGCAAAAGCUUAUUUUAGAAAGUAAAAAAAACCUCUUAUUUUCUUAAUGGAGAAAUGAAGUACAGUAGAGAGAUAUUUUUGUUAACACAGCUAACUGAUGUCUGAUUUCUCCUGGAGACGCUCGUGUGUGAUUGUGUCCUGAGCCGUUUCUGAUGUUCAGUGUCUGGGAUCGUGACGUGUCCACACUAUUACAAGGCUAUUUCUCCCACAUGGUUUAUAUUUUCUUGGGUAAUAUUGGUGAAACGGAGAAGACUGUGGGGUGAAUAAACACAUUCACUAUGGACUAUA